UUCAAUUAAAAAAAAAAGGCGAGGCGAGUGUCUCGGACGCUGUUUCUGGUUUUCAUCAUAUAGACAGACCAGCCCUUCUGCAAAGAUGGUCAAUGUACCUAAAACCCGAAGAAGCUUCUGUAAGAAGUGUGGCAAGCAUCAGCCUCACAAAGUGACACAGAACAAGAAGGGCAAGGAUUCCUCGUGUGCCCAGGGAAAGAGGCGCUAUGAUCGGAAGCAGAGUGGCUAUGGUGGGCAGACAAAGCCGAUUUUCCGGAAGAAGGCUAAGACCACAAAGAAGAUUGUGCUCCGGCUGGAAUGUGUUGAGCCUAACUGCAGAUCCAAGAAGAUGCUGGCUAUUAAGAGAUGCAAGCAUUUUCAACUGGGAGGAGAUAAGAAGAGAAAGGGCCAAGUGAUCCAGUUCUAAACUGUGGAAUUUUUU